AUGGAGUCGGAGGGUCUCAACCUGUCCCGGGCUGGGGCAGAGCCGCCGCGCGGGGACUUCAACCUUUCCAGGCUGCCGGAGGCAGAGGGGAAGCCUCUCUUCGGCAUCGGCAUCGAGAAUUUCAUCACCUUAGUGGUCUUUGGUCUGAUCUUCACCCUGGGCGUGCUGGGCAACUCUCUGGUGAUCACGGUGCUGGCGAGGAGCAAGCCAGGCAAGCGUCGCAGCACCACCAACAUCUUCAUCCUCAACCUGAGCAUUGCUGACCUGGCCUACCUGCUCUUCUGCAUCCCCUUCCAAUCUACGGUCUACGUGCUCCCGAACUGGGUGCUGGGUGCCUUCAUCUGCAAGUUCAUCCACUACUUCUUCACCGUCUCCAUGCUGGUGAGCAUCUUCACACUCUCAGCCAUGUCUGUGGACCGCUAUGUGGCCAUCGUGCACUCCCGACGCUCCUCAGCCGUACGUGUUUCCCGCAACGCACUGCUGGGUGUGGGGCUCAUCUGGGCGCUGUCCUUUGCCAUGGCCUCACCUGUGGCUCACCACCAGCGCCUCUUCCACCGCGAGGCCAGCAACCAGACCUUUUGCUGGGAGCACUGGCCCAACCCACACCACAAGAAGGUCUACGUGGUUUGCACAUUUGUCUUCGGAUAUCUACUCCCACUGCUACUCAUCUCCUUCUGCUAUGCCAAGGUUCUUAAUCAUUUGCAUAAGAAGUUGAGAAACAUGUCAAAGAAGUCAGAAGCAUCCAAGAAAAAGACAGCACAGACUGUGUUGGUGGUGGUGGUGGUUUUUGGCAUCUCCUGGCUGCCACAUCACGUGAUUCAUCUCUGGGCUGAAUUUGGAGUUUUCCCACUGACUCAAGCCUCCUUCCUCUUCAGAGUAACUGCACACUGCCUGGCUUACAGCAAUUCUUCAGUGAACCCCAUUAUAUAUGCAUUUCUCUCUGAAAAUUUUAGGAAGGCCUACAAACAAGUCUUCAAAUGCCAGAUAGGUAACGAGUCGCCUCUGAACGAUGCAAAGGAAAACAAAAGCCGGAUAGAUACACCUCCAUCUACCAACUGCACACAUGUGUGAACUUUGGCAAGUUCUGUAUGUUGGCUCUUCAUUUUUUUUGGUCAACCAAACACCUAGAGAACAAAGCACAAUGAGCUUUAUCCUGGGUUUAUCUCGGUAAAGCUAAUUGGUAUUUAAUGUAGUGAAGUUGUGUUUGUGGCAAAAGUUUGAGAAACUGGCAUGAAAGAGAGUGGGGCUAAUCUUUUGCAUCUUAGAUAGCUUUGUCAGACGAAGCUCUUGGACCUUGAAAAUGUACUUGGGGAAAAAAGUGU